UCCCUGUUAACCCGUGCCAAGGGUUUUAUUUUAGGGUUUAAGAACAAACAGAACUUCCCUUAAACCAAAAAAAUUCCGCUAUCUGCACUCAUCAUUUGCCAUUGCCAAUGGCGACUCACCUUGUAAAAGACGAACAUAAAUUAACCUCACACUCAUCCGACUCCGAGGAAGAGGUCGAGGAUCACAAUUGGGAUGACUGGAAAGACGAGGAAGAUGCCCUCGAGGACCAAAGCUCAAACCCUCAGUUGCUGUGCUUGUUCUGUGACUCCCCGUACGAUUCGUGCAGUUCCCUUUUCCAGCACUGCGCUUCGACCCAUUUGUUCGAUUUUUACGCUAUCAAGAAAGCUUACAGCUUGGAUUUUUACAAGUGCUUUAAGCUCAUCAAUUACGUCAGGUCUCAGGUGGCAGUAAACAAAUGUUGGAGUUGUGGGACGAUAUGCACAUCCAAGGAAGACUUGCAAAAGCAUUUACAUGAGUCAGCUAACUUUGAUGGGAACAUCCUGUGGGAUGAUGAUAAAUAUCUAAACCCAUUUUUGCAAGAUGACUCACUUCUAUACAGUUUUGAUGAGGAUGAAGAAGAUGAGGAGGAUGCAUUGCCUCUUGACCGGGAGGAACUAGAAUCAUAUAUUUCUCAAAUUGAGCCUAUUGAUAUGCGUGAUGAGGGUACUUCAGAUAUAAGUGCUUCUGAGCUUGUAAUUCCUUGUGAAAAUGGGGGAAAUGUUACUGCAAAGCCUUUAGAAGGUCUGAUAGUUGAUAAAGGAUGUACAACAGCUGAGGCCUCUUUGCCCUGUAGGAAUAGGAAAAACGAGACGAAUGUCAAGUCUUCAAUAAAGAUAGCUUCAGAUCAAAUUAAAAAUAUCAACAAAAAUUAUUUUAACUCGUAUAGCUCUUUCGGCAUUCACAGAGAGAUGAUCAGUGACAAGGUGAGAACAGAUGCCUACAGACAAGCUAUUCUAGAAAAUCCUUCUCUUAUGAGAAAUGCAGUUGUUAUGGAUGUUGGUUGUGGGACUGGCAUUCUAAGCCUAUUUGCAGCCCAAGCAGGAGCUUCGAGGGUUAUCGCAAUCGAAGCCAGCGAGAAGAUGGCUGCAGUGGCUACCCAGAUUGCAAAAGACAAUGGCCUUCUGCGAAACGAAAUAAGCAGUGAAAGCAGUAAAAAAAAUUGUGUUAUUGAAGUUGUUCAAGGCAUGGUUGAAGAACUAGAAGAUGCUGACCAAAUCCGACCUCAGAGUGUGGAUGUGUUAUUCAGCGAGUGGAUGGGUUAUUGCCUUCUUUAUGAAUCAAUGCUCACAUCUGUACUCUUUGCACGGGAUAAGUGGUUGAAACCUGGAGGCGCCAUUCUCCCAGACACGGCUACUAUGUUUGUUGCUGGAUUUGGAAGAGGGGCCUCCAGUUUGAAAUUCUGGGAGAAUGUGUAUGGUUUUAAUAUGUCAUGUAUUGGUCGGGAGAUUGAUGAGGAUGCCGCUCGGUUUCCUAUUGUUGAUGUGAUUGACAGUUGCAAUAUUGUCACUACCACUGAAGUCCUUCAGUCCUUUGACCUGGUAACCAUGCAGCCCAAGCAAAUAGAUUUUACAGCCGAAGUUGUACUGGAGCCAAACUCUAAAAAGCCAGACGAGGAGGUUACUUGGUGCCAUGGGCUUGUCUUGUGGUUCGAGACUGGAUUUACAGAGAGAUUUUGUCGUGAAAAGCCGGUUAUUUUAUCCACAUCACCUUAUCAUCCGAGCACCCACUGGUCACAGACUGUCCUCACUUUCCGAGAACCAAUUGCAAUGGUGGGCCCACAUAAACCGGUGGCUGCUGUCUGUGGUGGGACCGAUUUUCUUGCUGCAAGAAUACAGUCUCGUUUAAGUAUAGUCCGUGCUUCUCAACACCGUACCAUAGACAUUUCCAUGGAGCUCACCGGAAUUGGGCCCGAUGGUCAGAAACGAACGUGGCCAGCACAGAUUUUCAAUCUUGACUGACAAAUGAAUCGACUUUCCUUGCUUUUGUGCUCGGCAAAAGUGAACUGUGUUAUAUGUGCGGAACAGCGUUACGUUUUGUAGUUUUGGUGGUUGUGAUAUAUUUUGUGCGAUUGAUUUUUACGCAGAAGAGUUUUGUGCCAUGAGUUGUAUUAAUUCAACUACUUUACUUUUGUGAGAAAGUGUUCAUCGAUAAAAAAUAUAAGCUUCUCGAUAUUCUCACAAGAAGUAUGAAAAAAAUAGUCGAAUUUUCUGUCAUUGGUAGAGGUGGUGUUCGAAUCUGAGCCGUUAGAGAAAAUAGUUUAGUGUGAUUCAUGAAGAUUGAGCUUGGUUUGUUUGUUUAAUUAAAUAAGUUGAGCUCCAAGAUUUAAUCGAAC